AUAAUAUUAGAGAAUGUAUUCUUGAAUUGUUCAGUGUUUGUUUCUUCUAUUACCGUAUCUGGUGUAUCGCUUUUGCCAACGUCAAGAUCUGAUUCAGAGGGAUAGUCUACAUUUGACGUAGACACAUGUGUCAUACGAUUUGAUACAGGCGUGUCAUAUUUGUACAAAACAUUGUAAUCCGUAAAACUAGCAUUAUCAUCGGUGUCGUCAUCCUCUGACAAAUGCCGGAGAACAUAUGUUUUCAUUUUAAUAAAACGACUGUAAGUUUUUAAGAUAUGGUAAUGUUUAAGUGCAGUAUUCAUAACCUUAGUCGUACGACGUAUUUUUCUGCACGGUGUCAGUUUGUGAGCCAAAGAAAGGUCCACCAUCCUCUCCUUUACAUUAUUUGGUACUGUUUUCCAAGUGAUUUCAUUCGAUUUCAUUUUGUAGAUUCACUAUAUCGCUUUGCGACAAAAGUAUCAAGUCUAACCUAACUGUUUACUGAUUUAAAAGUGAUCCUUCCAAAUAACACCAUUUGAACUAAUCUAUAAUGAAUUAGAAUGUAAGGAAGACACGUGAAUACAUAUAUGUCAGUAAUGAUUUAUCGUAUCCCUUAAAUAGAAAUUACAAAAUGUAUAUAAGUAGAAAACUGACAUAAACGACGUCGACUAUGUGUUCUAAUACACUAAGAUACGAGUGUAUUUUUCUGACACAUGGUUUAUAAACUUUCCUGUUAGGUAUAAUUACUUCGCUUAACUUAACUAGCCAUUAUUAACUUUCUUAAAAUUAUUUAUCGUUAUUACUAAAUUGAAAAUAAUAGUGUAUACACAUUGGCGCGCGUGCGCGCGCAUAUAUAUAUAUAGAUAUACAUACCAGCUUGCCAGCUUGAUGGUACGUACGUCUUAUACGUAAGUACUAUAUUCGUUUCAACUAUCGAAGUGAAAUGUAAAAUAAUAAAGCAAGAGGAAAAGAAUAAAAGCUCUAAAAUGUAUGAAAUAUAAUUGAAAUUUCAUACAAUACUAUUAACAAUAUAUCAAUGUCCUUGAUUAAACGUAAUAUUUAUCGAAAUUCCUUUCACAUUUCUUCCUUGGAACUACAUACAUAAUCGUGUGUAUGUAAAAUGGAUUUUACGAUGAAAUCGAAGUGUUAAGCUAAUUGGAAAAUUGAUUCGUUAUGACAAGUAUGUAUGAGAAGAUUAAUUACAGGAGAUAGAUUUUUUAAGUGGAAAUAACGAAGAGGAAAUAGAUUUUUUAAAAAACACGAAGAUUGUUUAUAUAAAUAUAACUUGACGCUCGGAUAAAAGAAAAAUAUGUUAUUUACGAAUCUUUGUCAUCUAAAUAUGCUCUUAUAUACCGGAAGUAUGUGAAUCGAUGGAUGUAGGUAUGCACCUAUAUAUAGGUACUUACAUAUAUGAACAAUGAUGCAAACGAAAGAAAGGCAAAAGUGGAGGGAGUGAAAGGAUGGAAGCAGAAGAAAAGGAAUACAGCGACUAUCAAAACAUUUUAUAAUUGCUUUGACUUCUUUAGGUACAAGAAAUAAUUCAUUAGUGAUAAAUUUUAAACCCGAGAUGCCGAAGAGUGUUUAAUAAUAAAGUAACGUUGAAAAAUAUAUUUUAAGGUUCACCAAUGAUAACAAUAUAUGUAGUAUGUAGAAGAAAGAAGUGCAAGAAUGCAGAAGAACGCCGUCGCGGUUCAUAGUGUGAACGAGCUACGAAGAAUUUUAUAUUGAAUUUGAUUAUUGAUGAUCAACAUAUGCAAUCGUUUAAUGAAAAAGGGAGGUCAUUUGAUUUUCGAAUAUUUCAUUCCAACCGGGGAAAGUAAAAAGAUUCAUUGGGCCGGAUACAGGUAAAGAUGGUUCGAGAUACUUUUUGGCUCGCGAAAGUGUUAGACCGAUGAUAAUUUUAUCGGUAGAUUUGGUGAACAUUAAUGAAAAGAAAACUCAAGAAUGCAUCAAAAUCGAAGGAAGAAAAAGCGAGUGAAUUACGGUGUAAGGACAGUGGAGGUGUCGCGCGGAUCGAAGGGUUUUGGUUUUACAAUCUCGGGACAGCAACCUUGCAUUUUGAGUUGCAUCGUUCCCGGCAGUCCAGCAGAAAAUGCAGGACUACGAGCCGGCGAUUAUUUAGUAUCAGUGAAUGGUCACAAUGUCAGCAAAGUGCCUCACGAUGAUGUUGUACAACUAAUUGGUUGUUCUAAGGGUAUUCUGAGGUUACAAAUAGCUGAAAAUUAUUAUUCUGACUCUUCGGACGAAGAGGGUUUGGCAACCGUACGCUGUAGGCCUAAAUAUACUCAUAAACCACGUACAAGUAAUAUAGGAGCGCUCCAGCUGCAAUGUAGAGUCGCCAAAGUUGUAAGGGAUCUGCAAAGCGGUGUUAUGUUCGAUACAACAGAAAGAGCGUCGACCGAAUUACAAAACCAAGAGAGCUAUUGCGGUUUACAAUAUCGUUGGGAUAUGUCUAGUCCUCUUCCACCACCGCCGCCGCCAACUUCGCACAAAAGAGACUCUGAAAAGAUAGUGCAUAGAACAGUAGUCGGUUAUUUGGGAACUAUAGAUAUACCGAACCAAUUACACCCAUCUUGUAUGAUGCAGGUUUUGAGGAAAUGUAUUAAACGCUUGAAAGCAGAGAAAAGGAACCCGACUACAGUGCUUUUAACAAUACACGUUGCAAAUAUAAAGCUCACCAAUUCAGAAAAUCAUGUUAUAGCAGAAUAUCCGUCUUACAGAAUAAUAUUUUGUAAUUCGUUCUCUGAACAGGAUAAACAGUAUUUCGGUAUACUGACUAAAUCUGUUAAGGAUAAAGAAAAUAUUGUUUCAAAUUCGUGUCAUGUUUUUACAAUUUAUUAUAAAUUAAUAGACCAUGCUGUACAUUCCAGUGUGUGUAAUAUAUUCGGCUUUACAUGUACUAAAACAUCUGAAUUAAAUGUUUGUCAAGAAUUUCCUGACAGUUGCAAUAGCCUGAUCGGUGCAAUACAAACUUUGUAUAUAUCAGAUUCCACGAGUACAGACGCGAAUUCUUACAACGAAAUACGAAGGCAUCAAGAUGCAUCUUCUCCACAGCCAAGUAACAUAAGUACAUCUACGGCUCAUUCGAGUAACAGUGAUUCUGGAAUUGGCUUCAAAGAUGAUUGCACCAGCCGUUUGGAUAAAAAUAAUACUCAAGAUGUUUCUCGAAGAAGAUGUUAUCCUACAUCGGAUUACAAGGAUGCGUGUGCACAUUCGCCGAAAAUGUACGGUAAUGCGGCCGUCGACUUCAGAUUGACCGUUCGAGCUGUAUCUAACGCGUACUGGACCGAAAGAAACGAGUCGGACGCCUGUAAGAGUAAUGGGAAGCUGUCUCACGAAAGUGUCGUCUUCAAUGAUUUUUGCAACAGAAUAAGCGCGUGCACGACAUCGAUAAAAGAUCACGAGGCGCACUCCGACUUACAAAAGGAAACGAAGAGGGGGAAUUUGCCCACCUGUCCGUUACCAUCUGCCUCUACUGUGAAGCAGGGGUUGGUUAGUUCGUCCGUUGGUUCGCUCGCGUCCGUUUGCACCACCGCGAUGCUGCAUGGCAUAGAAGACCGCGUCGAGACCUCCGAAAACUCUACGUUCAGAUCGAAAGCGUUGCUAACGUUCACGCAAUUAACGGAACUGACGGAAACAGAUAACCGGGAUAAAUUUAGUCCGAAAGUAUUCUCCGGUAUCUCGAAAUCUUUAGUGCACAGUUUCGAGGAUCUGAAAGCGAGCAUGGAUUACACUCGACCCCUGUGCCAAACCUAUUCAGAUAAGUCGGACAAUUCACGACCAUGGGGAAGCUUACAAGAAAUUCGAAACAUCGGGAGCUGCGUACAGGACACCUGUAUGCACGGUAGCACGGAAUUAUGCGACAAAAACACCGAUUACAAAAGUAUACAUGCAUGGGCAAAUGGUUUCGAGAAAUUAUUGGAAGAUCCGAAAGGAUUGCAAACAUUUGCAGAAUUUUUGAAGAAGGAGUUUAGUCAUGAAAAUAUCUAUUUCUGGGCUGCUUGUGAAAGAUAUAAAGACACUAAGGAUAUCGUUACACGGCGCAAGUUGGCUAGUCAAAUCUAUCAACGUCAUUUAUCUAAUACGGCAUCUGAGCCUGUGAACGUAGACAGUCAUGCUGCUGGUCAAAUAACUCCAGAGCUUCUCGGCGAAGCUCCUGCUAAUCUAUUUCUGCAGGCACAGAAACAAGUUUUCAACUUGAUGAAAUUCGACAGUUACCCAAGGUUCUUGAGAUCCGAUCUGUAUCGUCGUUGUAUGGAAACAGGAUGUUCCACGGUUGCUGUAGAGGAUUGUGAUUUAAGUCUCACUAAUUCGCCUAGUGUGAAAUUAAAAAAAAGCCAUUCAGAUGCUGAAGAUCGAUGUAGAAAGUCUAUUCUUCCAUGGAAUAGAAAGAAUAGGUCUAAAUCAAAAGACCGCGGAGAGACCGAGUACAGUAAAACCCCUAGUAGAAGUGAAACCAUUUAUAAGAGUUUUACAACUAUGAAGAGAGAGUCUGAAGGUAAUAACAACGACGACAGUAUUUCCAUAUCUAGUAGCAGGUCUUCGUUAGCUUCUUGGGAUUUGGCACUGAGACAGUCGUUCCAUAAACAUUCUUUAUCGUCCUACGAAGGACAGUCGAACGAAUCAAAAGAAGUUCGUACCAAAUGUACCGGGUUGUGUCGGGUAAUAUUACCCGACGGAUCGACCACGGUUGUGCCGACUAGCCAAACGGAGAGUAUUAAAGAUGUGGUUACACGCCUCCUUGAUAAAAGAGCUCUUCGAUACUCUAACUAUGACGUUCUAAUCCUAGCCACAGACGAGACAAUAGAAGUGAAAUACCCGUCGUCUGUACUAGCUGGCCAAGAAGUAGAAGUUGUCCCAACGAAAAUAUUAAAAGUGGACUUACCACCGCGACGUGUAAUAACUGUGAUUGCACAUAAAGGUAGAACUCUUAGAGAAGUGUUGAAGCCGCUGUCAAAUAAGUAUGGUUUCAAUCUGAAUACAAUCACUGUCUGGAGUGAAAAUCAUUGCGUUUGUAUGGAUAUGCCAGCUAUCGAUGCUCCAGCCAGAUUGACAUUGACUAACGUAAAGGAAGAAGAUCCGAUGCACGAGUUACACACGGUGAAAUAUACCCACGACGUGCCGCUCGCUCAGCCGACGUUAGAUGAGAUCACCAACAGAGUCUUCGAAGAGCUGUUGGUUGGAAAAGGUGCGAGCAAAUAUCAGUACAACGAUGGCUCAUGUAAGUCGGACGAUCAGCGCUCCGAAGGUUCCUCCAUUUUACCUAGUAAAUUUUUUCUCCGCGAUUCUACGAUGCAUGGAAAAAAGAAGGGAAAAUCCAAGUGCAAUUCAAACGAUAAAGGAAACGCAAACGAUUACACGUCUGAAGAAACUGUCAAGUCUCAUCCUCCUUUAAUAGCGAAAUGGCGGAAUGGCGUUAAGUUGCAGUUGCCAGGAAAAUUUGACGGUGAAGAUCUAUACGAAGGAUUAAAACGAGCUCAAAGAUCCAGGCUGGAAGAUCAGAGAGGAACGGAAAUUAAUUUUGAAUUGCCAGAUUUCUUAAAGAACAAGGAAAAUGGUAAACCGGCGGAUCGCUGCAACAAGGUUCGAAGACAUAGGAUAAUGUGCGCCAGUACCACUGAAGCGAACGCUAAGUUUUAUGGGUCAAUUAACGAACGGGAAUGUAUUGAGGGACAGGAUCAAAGCACGGUAGCUCCGUCAAGGAACGGAAAUGUCAAUGCAGAAACUGCCGUUGUAUCCACCGGUGGGAAAGAUUCUCAGAGUAAGUCUGAAGACAAUUCGAUCGUAUUGGUCCCGACUUUAAUGGAUGGAAACGGGGAUGCGGAUACGGAUACAGACACGGAUACGGAUGGGAAUGGGGAUGGUGUUGCGGUUGCAAUCGGAAUUGCCAAACGAGAACGAGACCGUGAACGAGAACGAAACCGACAAGUGGUCGUAGAGAACGGAUCCGGCUCUCGAAUAGUCGCUUUGGAUUCUUUCGACCUGCGAACCCUGUCGAACAUGAAAUCAUCGAAACCUCCACCGCUUCCUCCGAAACCUAAAAAUCUUAUCACAAACGCUACUAAAACUGGGUAUUUCGUGUCCUCGAAAUCUUUACCAAAGUCCAUUCGAACGAUUCCCAUUAGUUCGACCGAAUCAAGUCGAAAAAAUAUUUUCUAACGUGUUGGAAAAUUCGUACGUUUAACUCGACCGAUUUGCGCAUUCCAUGCAAAUCGUAAAAUACGUAGUACAUUUCUAUUUUGAGAUUUGUUGCGUAGACGCAUAUAUGUAUACACGUUCCAUCCUAUAUACAUAAAAGAAAGAAAGGAAGAAAGAAAGGAAAAAAAAUAUUGGAGAAAUGCCACGACCGUGAUGCGUCGUAUUAUUUCGUCCGAUUGACUGAUUAAUCUAUCUGUAGCCCGAAAUUUCAAAAGUGCCUUGAUGCGAAUCAUGCUAGACGCACAAUACAUUGCCAGCUUCAUCCGACGAUCGUGUUGGUUGAUAAAUAUUUAUGAUCCUUUUACGAUAUAGCUGUUACUCUCCUGGUUGUACAGGACAUAUAUUUUAUUGUAAUUUAUAGUCGAUGAAUGUUGUUACAUGUAAACAAAAAUAAAUAUUUGAGAUUUUAUGCGA